AUUAGUUUGCUUUUUCGUCAAGACUCCAUAACACAGACGAAAUGAAACUUGAAGACUUACUUGGGGAAGAAGAAACCAAAGAUCAAAACAGCGUAGCGGCUCUUCUUGAUCAUCAUCGCCGUCUAAACCGCCAGGAAUCGCAACAGCAACCAGCGGAAGUGAAGGAUGAUUAUAAAAGUGAAGAAGAGAAGAAAGACUUGUUAAAGAAGAAACAAAAGCGUCGUCUUCAAAGGGAUGUAGUGAAAAUGCAAGGAGAGCUAGAGGACGAGCAAGCACUCAACAAGGCUUUACGUGAUAUGCUUCGUGGUCCUGUCAUGUCUCAGCCUCGUCUCUCUUUACUGCUUCUUCCUCCUCAGGUUCAAGAGCUAAUAGAGGAGCUUGGGACGGUUGAGGCAGAGAUACUCUGCCUCGAGAAACGAAUCCAAGACCUGAAACUUGAUGUGCAUAGUGAGAGGAAAGAGAAUCAAGAACUUGAAGCCAAUCUUGAUGGAGAGGAAGAAGAAGAGAGGAUGAUGACUCCUAAGAGACUACUACUAAGGCAGAAUCAUCUUCCUUGCAACGCUGACAAUGCCAUUACAAAGAUGAGAUCGGACGAUCUAAAACAAAGAUACAAGUCCUAUAGUUGUGAAAAUCCUCAUCUUGUCAAGGAUAUUCAAAACAACAGUCUUGGUACUCACGCAUCAAUUGGAUCAUCCAUGGAAUUCUCAUCAAGAAGCCACUCUUCAACUUUUUAUGAUGGAACAUCAAGAACGCAAGAGAAGAAGAAGAACGUGCAAGAGACGACACCAAAUGGAAUAUCAGAAGGUCUGGUGAAGUGCUUGAUGGGAAUCUAUCUUGAACUCAACAGGUCAUCGCGUGAGCGAGAAGGGUCGAGAACGGUUUCAAAGCUGAGCCUCUCACACUUGAAGAACGCUUCUUUUAAACGCAAAUCGGUGUAUGAUCAGAACGCAUCGAAUCUUGAUCCUUAUGGAGUUGUAAUGGGGACUUCUUUUAGAGACAUUGGAGAGUACAAGAACUUCAUCCACAUUACUCGAACCUCCAUUGAUGUUAGUCGUUUGUCUGAUUGCUCAACUUCUAUUGUCAAUCUAAGGGUUUUGAAGGAGAAGUUGAGCAAAGUUGACUUGAGUUUCUUGAACCACAAGAAAAAGAUGGCCUUCUGGAUCAAUACCUACAAUGCUUGCGUCAUGAGUGGAUUUCUAGAACAUGGAUUACCUUCAUCAAAGGAGAAACUACUGACCAUUCUAAAAAUGGCGACAAUUGACGUGGGAGGAACGCAACUGUCUGCUCUCGAUAUCGAAGGAUCCAUCUUGCAGAGUCCAUGCGAACCAAGAGAAACUGUUUCAACUGGUGAAAACGAAGCAAGACUACAGAAACGGUACGGUUUCAGAUGCAUAGAACCAAACCUAAUGUUCGUGCUUUGUCGUGGAGAUUGGUCUUCACCUGCAUUGAGAGUCUAUACAGCAGAAGAUGUGGUGAACGAACUAAUCAAAGCAAGAACAGAGUAUUUAGAAGCUUCAAUAGGUAUCUCAGGGAGGAAAAAGAUUGUGAUUCCGAGAUUCUUGCACAAGCGUUUUCGAGAUUUUGCGGAAGAUGAAGGGUCAUUAGUUGAAUGGAUAUGCAGCCAAUUACCUCCAGUUCAACGGUGCUUGCAGGUCAAGGAAACAGCGGUCGAGUGGUUGAAAAAGAAAGGUGAGUCGUCUUUGAACAAGUUGGUAGAAGUGCGGCCUCAUGAAUACGAGUUUCGAUAUCUCUUGCCUUUGUAGAUGUAAAAUGCUUCACUUGGUGUAUUUGGAGCACGAAAUGAUGUUGUUCUAUAUAUGUGUGUGUCAACGUGUGUGCAAAGAGA